AUGAAUCCGGUUCUCCUCCGCCUUUUUACCUCACUAGGCAAUCUUACCAGAGCCAAAAGAAUUUUGCUUGGUGCUGUUGACAAAGAUAACAGAGAUAUUUGUGUCAAAAUGACCACGGCCUUGCCAAAGGAGGAGAAACAACAGUGGGCAACUGAUGAUCAGGAAUGUUUCUCUUUGAGAGCAUGUUUGAUUAAUCUGUUUACUGAACCUCAUUAUGAUAUUGGUGAUUUAAAAGAUGGAUGGGCGGUAAUGGCACCAAUGGGUGAGUUCACGGGAGCUGAUUUCUGUAUCAGGGAAAUGAAUAGGAAGUUUGUUUGUAGGCCUGGUGGAAUUGGUUUUAUCAGGGGAACAAAGUUAGAACACUUUACAACUAACUGGUACGGUUUUAGACAUUGUUUGGUCUCAACAAUGCAUGAAGCCGUCAAAAAGGAAUAUCUUAAAAGAUUUCCUGAAAUUGUUUAG